AUGCAGGGGAACAUCGAACCGAAAAAAAUAUACCUUGCAUCCUUGCCUAAGUGGACAACUGAAUGCAGUCUACAUGAGUACUUCUCACAAUUCGGAAUUGUCAUGGAUGUUAGCGUUUCGAAAGUAUACAAGUUCUGCGGUCGUGGGUUCGUCGACUUCCGUGACUUGAUGUCUGUAGCCCAAGUGCUUGAUUCCCAGCCGCACAAACUGAACGAGACUCAAAUCACCAUUUGUCUGGCCGAGGAGGCAGGAUCUGAAGACUCCGGGUGA